AUGGCAAACUCCAACGUUCCGCUAAACCCAACCUUCUUUGGCCAUGUUGCCUCCACUUUGGAUGCUUUGGUCCUAUUCGAGGCAUGCCUGAGUAGUGCCCUGCAUCACGUCCCCCGACGACCUCACGACCGAGAACGCCAAGAUCUCAUAAAGAGCGGCAACGUUUUCAUCUACGAGGAACACUCAUCCGGCAUCAAGCGCUGGACUGACGGCGUUGCCUGGAGCCCCAGUCGGAUCUUGGGCAACUUCCUCAUUUAUCGCGAGCUCGACAGACCAUUCCCUCCUGGCGAGAAGAAGCGCGCCAUGAAGCGCAACAAGAAGCCCACGGGUGUCACAAAGCCCGAGGUUGCACGCCAAGGAAGCGUCAACGGGACAGGCGCCAACAUGGGCAUGGGAGACGGCUCCCAGGGCAACAAGGAAGCAGAACGCGCGCUCAUCGGGUCUCUGGUCGACUCGUAUCCUUUCAAGGAAAACGGCCUGGUCAAGAAGACAAUCAGCGUUACGUAUCAAGGCGUGCCGCAUCACCUGGUGUCCUACUACAACGUGGAAGAUGUCACGGAAGGAAAACUCAUGACUCCUUCAAAGGACCACCAGCUCUCGACAAUCAUUCCCCGCGGGGAGCUGAUCAUGUCCCAAAACUUCCGGGCCCCUAUCGACGAGGUCGAGAUGGACGACUCUCGUGGCGCCCACGGCCUCUUCGCUCACGCAUACCCAGUCAACGGCCACCAUCACCAGAGCCUAUCGCGGGCCAUGUCGGUGCCUUCGCUGCACCACAUGGGCGGUGGCAUGGGCGGGCCUCAAUUUGGGCAACCGCCCUACAUGUCAUCAUAUUUAAGCAGUGUCCCGGGAUCCGUGAGCAACGUGGGCUACGCACAAGCCCAGCACCCAAGCUACGGCUAUGACAACAUCAGCCGAGCCGGUCGUUAUCCCUCCAGUGCCGGGUUGGCCCCCGACAUGUCGCGAACCAUGGCCCUGGAGUCGCAGCAUCAUCCUAGGCGGCACUCGACAGCUUACGAACCUACUUCGGGGCCAGACAUGAGUCUUGCCAGCAACUUGCCAGCCGUACCAACGGAUCCUUCGCGGGGCAUGGGUGGAAACUACAUGACUUCGAUGCUAUACUCGCAGCAACGCGUUCACGAUCUGUCGCCACAUGAGCCUUUUCCCUCUCCCUCUCCUCGAAACGUUCACUCGGAAUCGGGCAUGGGCGGUGACCGGUCGAUACAAUCCUUUGACGGAUUGAGUAGUCGCGAGACUUGGAAUUCCUUUGAACAACUAGAGGAAGACCAAGGACAAUACAUCUCCCAGGGAAAUGCGGCUUGGCCGGGCAGCAGCAGCAACUCAUUGGGUAGAACUUGA